ACACAAUUUGGCAUUUUGGAAAGCAGGAAUAAAAACUGAGAAAGGAGAAAAGGAAGGACACUUCCCCCCCCUUUGGUUAGAAAACCUAUCUGGAACAUAUCGAAUAUGAAUUUUGCAUACAUUUUCUAGGCAUACAAUAAUCUAUCAUGUGCUGUCUCUGCUUAUGGAGGACUAAAAGCUUUUCUCUUUCUUUUCCCCUUCGCUAUCCAUUUUCCUGUUUCUCUUCCCUUCUUUCUUUCCUUCUGUUUCACUUUCAUUGUCCUUCCUUCUUUCCUUCCUUCCUUCCUUCUGCAUUUUUUCUGAAGGCACUAAAUGUGUCUAUACGAAUAUAUAUAUUUAUAUUUAUAUGAGCAUGUCUUAAUAUGUUCUCAAAUUCAACACUCCCCCCCACACACACACAUGCAACCCAAUCUAAGUGCACAGGCAGGCCCCACCUUAACUGACAAUUUAAAGAGCUCAGUGAAACUCUUGGCAAUUAUAUUCACACAUUUCAUCUGAGUAAUUUGGGGGUGCCUGUAUCACCCCCUCUUUUCCCAUUACUCUGUGAGGAAACAGCUUGUUUUGCCAACGAAUGAAAUACCAAAUAACUGUGUGAAAUUGUGUUUCUACCUUCUGUGCAUUUAUGUGAGAGGGGAAAGAUUUAACAGAGACUUAUAUAAUUGUGCUUGUUGUAAUUUGAUGUUGUUAAAUAUACAGCCUCUAGAAAGGAAAGCCAUAAUACAUGCCCAACUAGAAUAGUAUACCCAGGGCCCACAUUCGCACAGUUAACUAGCCUGGAUUGAAAAUUGGGAGGUUUUUUAAUUUAGCCUAUUUAUAGGAACGCUGCCCUGCUUUUAACCUGUUUUGCAAGCUGCCCCAUUUGCAAGGUCACCAUAGGCUAUUGCUGUUGUUAGGCAAGGGAUCUUGGGAGGCAGGAACAGGGUUUGUGAACCCUGGUUUAACAUGUUGUGGGAACCCAACCUCAAUGGCUAUACAGGUGAAAAAAGUGUACAUGGUGCUAGUAAUCUGUAAAUGUAGAUUUUUCCGUAAGGCCCUCAUUGAUUAUAUAUAUCCAGGUUUGGUUAAUCUCUGGUCAGGAUUAUAUUUCCUACUUCCAGCCAACCCCACGGCCCAGUUCUAACCCUGUGACUGAAUUUACACCCAAGAGUGAGGUUUUCCACCCUAAUCUGCAUUAUUUGAGCGCUCUUAACUCCAGGAAGGAUACUUAAGAUCAUUCUCCUAGGAUAUUUGCACAAAAACCUAGAAGACUGGUGUGGGCACCGUCGGAGGUAGCCUGGAGGAUGGCAGCGACAGAGGAAGACUUUGGGCUGGCAACCACACCGGGGGAUUCACCUCCGAAACAACUGAGCCCCGAAGACAAGGCCGAUGGGCAGUUGGGGGGCGGCAGUAGCAAGCAGCCAGCCUCCCCCCAGCCAGCCUUCACCCAGCAGGGAAUGGAAGGAAUCAAAGUAUUUUUACAUGAACGAGAACUGUGGCUCAAAUUUCAUGACGUGGGAACCGAAAUGAUUAUAACAAAAGCUGGAAGACGAAUGUUCCCCAGCUACAAAGUAAAAGUCACCGGACUCAACCCCAAAACAAAGUACAUCCUUCUAAUGGACAUUGUGCCCUCGGAUGACCAUCGAUACAAAUUUGCAGAUAACAAAUGGUCAGUAACUGGGAAAGCUGAACCGUCCAUGCCCGGAAGAUUGUAUGUCCAUCCAGACUCACCAGCUACUGGGGCCCAUUGGAUGAGACAGCUGGUUUCCUUCCAAAAGCUCAAGUUGACCAAUAAUCAUCUUGACCCCUUUGGCCACAUCAUCCUCAACUCCAUGCACAAAUACCAGCCCAGGCUGCAUAUUGUCAAAGCCGAUGAAAACAAUGGGUUUGGCUCCAAAAACACAGCCUUUUGCACCCACGUCUUUCCAGAGACAGCCUUCAUUGCAGUGACUUCCUAUCAGAAUCACAAGAUUACCCAACUCAAGAUUGAAAACAAUCCCUUUGCAAAAGGAUUUAGAGGCAGCGACGAUAUGGAGCUGCACCGAAUGUCACGAGUACAAAGCAAGGAGUAUCCAGUUGUCCCAAGAAGCACAAUCCGGCAAAAAGUGUCUUCUAACCACAGUCCCUUCAGUGAGGAAGGCAGGUCCCUCUCGGCUUCUUCUAACCUUGGAUCCCAGUUUCCGUGUGAGAACGGCGUCUCUAGCACUUCCCAGGACUUGUUACCCCCUACGAAUCCAUAUCCUGUAUCUCAGGAUCACGGGCAAGUUUACCACUGCACCAAGAGACCAGAUGACGAAUGUUCCACCACUGACCUCCCUUACAAGAAACCCUACAUGGAAACAUCUCCAGCAGAAGAAGACCCCUUCUACCAUCGCUCCAACUAUCCCCAGCAGCAAGGACUGAACAGCGCCUACAGGACUGAGUCCGCUCAACGCCAAGCCUGCAUGUACGCCAGCGCAGCCCCAGCCCCGGAAGCCGUGCCCAGCUUGGAAGACCUCAGCUGCAACACAUGGUCAACCAUGUCCUCUUACAGCAACUGCACAGUAACGCCCAUGCAACCCAUCGACAGGUUGCCUUACCAGCAUUUUUCAGCUCACUUCACCUCGGGCUCCCUGAUGCCCCGCCUUGCCACGGUGGCUGGUCAUCCCUCGCCUCAACUCGGGGACACCCAUGCCAUGUUCCAGCACCAGACCUCCGUUCCUCACCAGCCCCUCGUCCGGCAGCAAACCAGCAUCCAGUCUCCUCCUGGAAGCUUACAGCCACCUGAGUUCCUCUAUGCCCACGGGAUGCCCAGGACACUUUCUCCACAUCAGUACCAUUCUGUUCACGGGGUGGGCAUGACUGCAGAAUGGAGUGAGAACAGCUAACAAGGGAAGAGACGAGCCUUGUUUGGACUGAAUGUUCACAGAUAAGCACUCUAGAGAUGGACCAGGCCCUCUUCUCUGGUGAGACCAUGGGGUGGUAUCACCUCUACUUUGGUGUCUCCAAGCCACUGAACAUCACAGCACAUCUUUGCCCCCUUCUUGUGCUCUCCUCACUCAACCCUCCUCCCCGGGAUUUGCAUCAGUACCAACCUGUCCCCUUUGAUGGUUUUGUUUGAUUUGGCUUCCAAGUGAGAUACCAAGAGCUUCAUGGCUCUUCUUGAUCUCCUUUUGGUGGGGUGAGGUGGGAAGAAUACGUGGAACUUUCCCCCUUCUCUUGACUCCUCCCCUUUCUUUUUGGUGUUGAUAUUGACAAUGUUCUCUAAUAAAUGAUAAUAUAUAGCUCUCUCCA